AUCCGUAUGAUACGCAGCUCAGCAGCAGCAACACGUAUAUACACUGAGGCAUCAACAUGGGUGGUGGUCGUAGGUUGGUGCCUGCUGCCUCCGUGGCGGCGGCGCUCGUCGUCGCCGCCGUCUUCCUCUCGGCCGAGGCGGAGACGACCGCCUCGUCCCUCCGCGCCGGGGCGCCGUUCGACUCCAUCUUCGCCUUCGGCGACUCCUUCACGGACACCGGCAACAACCCCGUCGUCUUCGGCUGGUACAACAUCUUCGACGUCGUCAUGCGCCCUCCCUACGGCAUGACUUUCUUCGGCGGCCGCCCCACCGGCCGCAACUGCAACGGCCGCCUCGUCAUCGACUUCAUCGCUCAAGGCCUGGGCCUGCCUCUCGUGCCACCGUACCUGUCGCACAAGGGGAGCUUCCGGCAGGGCGCUAACUUCGCCGUCGGCAGCGCCACCGGUCUCAACUCGAGCUUCUUCCACAUCGGGGACGCCCCCGGCGCCAACCCGUUCCCUCUCAACAUCAGCCUAGAAGUGCAGCUUGGCUGGUUCGAGGAGCUUAAGCCUUCGCUGUGCAAAACGGACCAAGAGUGCAAGGAGUUCUUCGGCAAAUCGCUCUUCAUCGUGGGUGAAUUCGGGAUCAACGACUACCAGUACUCCUUUGGAAAGAAGAGCUUUCAAGAAAUCAGAGCCUUCGUCCCAGAUCUCAUCCAGACCAUCUCGAGGGGCGCCGAGAGAGUAAUCGAGCAUGGAGCCAAGACUCUCGUUGUCCCCGGGAUGAUCCCGUCCGGAUGUGCGCCGCCGGUCCUCGUCACCUUCGCCGACGCCGACGCGUCGGAAUACGAUGCCACCACCGGCUGCCUCAAGGAGCCCAACGAGAUUGUGAUGCUCCACAACUCGCUGCUGCGGGAGGCCAUCGAGAAGCUCCGGGCAAAGCACCCCGACGUGACCAUCAUCCACACCGAUCUGUUCAACCACGUCACGGAGAUGGUCAAGUCGCCUGAAAAAUUCUGGUUUAAAAAGGACGCUCUUACCAUUUGCUGUGGAGGACCUGGGAGGUACCACUACAAUCUAUCGAUCGUUUGUGGCGACAAAGCUGCAACGACAUGCGAGGAUCCAUCCACUCGUCUGUUCUGGGACGGUGUCCACCUGACGGAGGCAGCUUACCACUUUAUUGCUAAAGAUUGGCUCAACACCAUAGUAAGCAGCUUGUCUGCAAGAGCUAGCUCUUAAAUGAGCUGCCUACAUCCGAAUGGGAGUCAUGGAAACGGUUCUUGGAUUGCACUGUUGCAGUAGUACUGGACCAGAGCAGUUGAUCAUAUCACUACAUCCUUCAAUAAGAUGAUUAUUCGCAAAAAAAAAGAUGAUUGUAAUAAAAUGGGUUUGAAUGGACUAUUGAAUAAAAUUGUUAUUACGUACUA